CUUUGAUCCCAACACCUCGAUUAGCUUCCCAACGACGAAGCCCUCGGGCUUCCACUACACGCCUUUCUCCUCGGUCCCUGGCCCAACGGUGUCAUUGUUGACCCUUCGAGCAGGCUGGGCGCGUCCGCUUCUCUGCGCCUUUUCAACAACGGCGAAAGGGGCCCGAUCGCUUUGUCUCAGGGAACUCGACAGGCGCACGACAUUACAAAAGUGAUCUCGCAUAGAACCCUCCACAACGACAAUUGAGAGGGCCAGAGAUGGCUGGAGAGACCUCUUAUGUCGCGUUCCCUACCUCUGACAAGAACAUCCACCCCACACCACGGCCGAGACCGACGCACCUGCCGUUCCGCCGCAUUUCCUUCCCCACGAGUCCCAAUCCGCAUCGAGCUUCCAUCGCAAGUGUCGCUUCGUUUGAUUCGACGCCUGAGGAAGGUCAACAGUCGCCUUCGAGCCCCUCAUCACCGGGAAUCUUGCGCAUCGCGCGUCCGCAUCGAAGGUCAAACGUCCGCUCGAUGUCCACCAAUCGAUGGUCCGGAAAGCCGGUGGAUGAGCUUCGGGAAGCGAAACGGAGGAAGGUCAUCCAAGAAUUUCAAGAGACAGAGAGGACCUAUGUCGAUGGAUUGGAGCUCAUAUACUCUCACUUCCUUACUCCCAUAAUUCAGUCCUUGGAGACACCACAGCCUCUGUUACAGCGCGGCGAACUAGCGUCUGUUUUCUCCAACUUCGUGGACAUCUGGAAUCUGCAUCGUGCUUUCUAUGCUGCUUUAUCAGACACACUAUCCGACCGAGACGCGCUCCCGCCGCCACUGUCUCCCGUCCUCCUUGCCCAUUUCCCGUACUUGUCACUCUACAACCCAUUUAUCACUUCUUUCCCGACUACGAUAUCUGCCAUGGUGUCCAUGAUAUCCCCGCCAACGGCGAUCAGUCCUAAUCCGCAGUAUAAUGCAGUCUUCGCCGUGUAUCUGCAGCAGCAAGAGGCUGACCCUCGAUGCGGGAAGCUCAAGCUCCGUGAUUGGUUGCUGACCAUCGUACAGCGAUGCCCGCGUUACUUGCUUCUGCUGAAGGAUCUUAUCUCGUGCACCGAUCCUGACGAUCCGGAGCACGCACAACUGACUGCGGUUCAUAAGUUGGUGUCUAAGAUCACAUUGACGCUGAACACAUCGAUACACACGCACGCGCAGACGCUUGCUCUGCUCGCCCUGCAGCGUGCGACACCGAACCUUCCCUUCCAGUUGAUCAGCCCUGGCCGAACACUCGUCCGGCGCGGUCCCCUCGCCCACGUCGAACGCAGCUCUGCACCCAGAGACCGCGAGUUUCUCUUGUUCUCGGACUGCCUGGUGUGGCUCGAAGCUGAUGAAGGCUGGACGGGUGCCGGAGCAGCUAGCAGCAGUCUGAGCCCAGGUCCAUUCCGGCCGACAAUGGUGCGAACGAGGAGCAAGAGUGACGCGGAGCUACCCGUAAUUCGAUCGGCGGGAGAUCUACUGGCCGCGACCAAGAGCGCGUUGCCGCCUCUUCGCAAAUCGGUUUACAGGCCGCCGAUAGCCAAACGACGUCAUGGAAGCAGUGGUGCUAUGGGCGCUGAAGAGACGAGAUGGGUGUACAAAGGCCGUGCAGAGCUAGUGGAUCUGGAGGUCGUGGUGUCUCCUGUGUCUGGCGGCGAGGGUGAGGAGCGCAGAUUUGAUGUGCUGAGUCCGGAGGGAAGUUUUGUGCUUUAUGCUGAAUGCGAAGAAGAACGUAAUCUCUGGACCGAUGCCAUCAGACAGACCAAGGCGCAGUUGUUUGUCUCGUUGAACGCGACUCAUCCGGAUUCGACGCUCACGUCCUCUGCGUCGACUGCACAUCUGCGCAGGGCAUUGCAGGCUCUGCCGUUUCCACCUUCAGAUGAGCGGCUGGUCGGACGAAGGGACGAUGGCAAAACCAAGAAGGGCAAGAAGAAGCUGGAGCGACGAGAAGGCGUCGAGCACUGGGUCCCGGCCAUCUGGAUUCCUGAUGAGAAGACCGAGGGUUGUAUGAGAUGUGGCCGGCCUUUCGGUUGGCGAAGACGGCGCCACCAUUGUCGGCUUUGCGGACGGUGUGUGUGCUCGACCUGUUCGGAGAGGGUCAGUGAUUUGCCGGCUGCCGUAUUUCUAUUCCCCUCCUCUGAUACCUUAUCAGACCUUCUUCAUUUCGGAUCCGAAUUCCAAGCACGGUUCGAGCAAGCCUGCCCGGGCCUGCAAUGCGUGUUACGAGACGGUCUUCCCUGUUCUUGAGGACUCCGAUGCGGAGGAAGAAGGGCAGCCCAGCAUGCUCAGCGCGAACUCCAACACGAUGUCUUCCCUGUCCAACUUUCCAUCUUGGUUGUCCAUGCCAUCGCUCCCGCUGGCUUCGACGACCGAAGCGCUGAUGGCGAUCGACCGCCGGCAGGGAAUGAAAUACGAGAGGCUAAGGCGUGGCUUCAGUGUGAACGAAGCGCUUGGUUCGGCUGUUCGCUCACCUCCGUCUCGGCCUCGGAGUUAUCACCAGAUACUGGAUGAUCUGACAACUCAGGUCGAAGAGGAGGAAGUUGAUUCCGAGGAUUCGCGUUCGCUCUCUCGGCCGACGACGAUUGUCGAUCUGGGAGACGACGACGUGUUCGACGAAGAAACCCGGCCGAGGAAGGAAGACACUGCGCGGCGUAACAAGCGGUUCUCAAUGCCUGCUGUUGCGUUGCAGACGACGAACGUGACGACCCGGACACAGCUCGUGUCCAUCUCAGACGGGCCCGCGAAGAUGCCGACCCGGUCCAAGCGGUUUUCUUUGGUCCUGGGGACGAGACCGCACGUGCAGCAUGCUGGGUAUGGCAGCCGUGGACAGAGCGAGAUGGUCGGGCGGCAAGUCAUGGCGGCGCAGGACGAGCUGGGUCGUGGUGCGGCGGCGGGGAAGCUGAGUGAGUUGCUUGGUCGACACAACAGGAGUCAGGCUCAGCUGUAAAUAUCCCAUUGGAUGAUCAUGACCAUAGACACUUGAUUUAUACGUAUUAACGACACGCUGUAAUAUUUCCGUUCGUAGCCCGUAGGAUAAUUACCAUUCCGCGAGCUGCGAUUUCGGGGUCAAGUUUGGGGUACGGGGGCUUGAGCAACGAGUGUGGCAGAGAUUUACGGGGACGGGCGCAACUUUUUCAUGUAGUUAUAACAACUCGAUAGAAUGAUGGGAAUGGCGCGUACAUAGGUCUGCUGGUUCUUACCUGCACCCUUGCAUGCACUUGGGUGAUGUCCCGUAUGUCGGUCACGUGCCUCCUCGCGAGCGAAGCGAGCAAUCAUCGGCUUUAGGGCAUCCGCUCAGCACUAAACAAGUACAAAUCCCUCGCACGUAGCUGAUGGGACGAGCUGAACGCUCUCAAACUCAUUCAGUUUUCCAUAUUUCUCUCUGAGACUUUGCAAACAAGUUUCAAUAAUAUGCAUCCUAAAGAACCUCAAGUCUCAUCCAAAAAAAAUAAAGAAUUGAGUCCAGUCAGACUGUGC